CACGUCACAUCAGUUGUUUUUGUUUACGAACAAACUGUUCUGUUGGGGAAUUCUCUCUGAUUCUCUGGGAUUUCUAGCUAAAUUUGUACAAAUUGCAUCACAGUUCUUAUCAGCUUUCUCUGUUUACUCUGCAAGACUGAUCGUCUCUCAAAAAUGUUUAAAUGUGCGUCAAUUUAUUUAUUCUUGCUCUUGGUGUCCGUCAAAAGUGCUUUGACUGCUAGAAAUAUCAACUGUUUGGACCAGAAAAGCACGGAUUGUUACAUUGUGAAUGUUUAUUUAGCAGAAAAAGACUCGGAAUAUCAUCUUGUGUCACAAAAUCCGCAAAAUGUGGUCUCUUUGACAUUCGAGUCUUCCACAAUUCCCGUUUUUACGAAAGAAAUUUGCAGUGCUUUCCAAAAUUUACGGAUAAUUUAUGCUUCAAAAAUCGGUCUUCAAGAAAUUCAAGAAGAUGCAUUUGCUGGAUGUGAAAAUUUGGACCAUCUUAAUUUGAGUUUCAAUAAUAUCACAAAGUUGGCGAAAAAUACUUUCAAUCGCAACACGAAAUUAAGAGAAUUGAACUUGAAAGACAAUCAAUUGCUCGAGCUGGAUGAAGAUAUUUUCAAGGAUUUAUCUCAUUUAACGAGACUCGAGUUGUCUCAAAAUAAAUUUCUUUCUGUCCCAGAAAGAAUUUUUCGUGAUUUGAAAAGUCUCGAAGACCUUGGUUUGCAUUCGAAUCACUUAUUGGACUUGGAUUCGCAGGAACUUGUCAAAAAUUGUCCAAAUUUGAAAACGAUUCACUUGAGAGACAAUAUUUUCAUGUGCGAUCGAUUGAAAGUGAUAAUUGAUGACUUGACAAAAGCUAACGUCAGUUUAUGGGAUUUUGUCUAUGCACCAAGGCAGCGAAAUUACACCGCAGAGUUCAUCAAUCGUACGGAAUGUCUGACACAUGCACAUUAUCAAGUGGAGUCGCGAGAUAAUGAAGUUUUGAAAAGAAAAAUUGACGAACUGGAGGAAAAACUUUACGUCAUGCAAAAUCGCAUCGCAAAUAUUCCAACAGACGUUUACUUGAUUAUCGUUGUUUUCACCUUUCUCGUACUUUUGACGGUCGGCGUUGGAAUCGGGUACUUUUUGGCAAAGAAAGGCCGCAGACGUCGACGACUGGAAGUGAUUAACGAACGAAUGGAGAUCAACGGUGUGGAUUUUACGAGUAAUCCAACAACUGAUGAGACUUUCUUAUCACAGUAAUAAAAAAAAUCACUAAUUUAUUUAUUUUUAUAAAUUUUGGUCAUCAUAUCAAGGUCA